CCCUGCUGUCAGCACCCGUCUGGUCUCACCGAGUUCCUCAGGGUGCUGGGGUCUGUGGACAGAGCGGCUCUGAGCCCCAGAACCUGGCCCUCCCUGUCUCGCUUUGGUUAAGGGCUCCUGGUCUUUCUGUCUUUUCUGGAAAGCCAGGGCCCAGGCUCCAUUCCCCGGCCGCAGUGCCCUCUAGUGGCGGGGAGGGUGAAGGCCGGAGGAGGCCGCGUCUGGAGGCGGAGGGCGGGGCCAGAGGCGGAGCCUGGAAGGGAGACCCUGCCAGCCAAUGAGGGGUGAGCCGGCUGCAGCCUGACCUGUGGGGCUGGGACAGCAAGGGACCCACAGGGCUGUGGUCCACGCCCUCCCUGUUUGUGUCCUGGGACCACGUGAGCAUGCUGCGGUGGCUUCUCAUCUUCUCUGCUCUGGAUCUCGGGACUUGGGGGGAUCCCCCACAGUUCUGGAAUGAGACCCAAGCCAGGGGGCUGUCGGAGGGCCUUCUGGACCGGUCUGUUGGCAUCUCAUGGCCCAUACGCAAGGGUCGCAAUGGUGCACCCACCAUUGUCUCCCGCAAGGAGUGGGGGGCGAGAUCCCUGACCUGCAAGGCCCAGCUGAUCCGGCCUGUGGCCUAUGUCAUCGUGCACCAGCUCAUGGAGAUGGAGUGCCAGGAGCAGAAUGUGUGCAGCCAGAAGCUGCGGGGCCUUCAGUCCCGUUCGGUCUACACCAAAGGCUGGUGCGAUGUGGCCUACAACUUCCUGGUUGGGGACGAUGGCAGAGUGUACGAGGGUGUCGGCUGGACCGUCCAGGGCGUCCACACCCAGGGCUACAACAACGUCUCCCUGGGCCUCGCCUUCUUUGGCAAUAAGCUAGGCAGCAGUCCCAGCCCUGCUGCCUUAGCAGCUGCAGAAGACCUGAUCUUCUACGCCAUGAAGGAGGGCCACCUGUCCCCCAGGUAUAUUCAGCCACUGCUUUUGAAAGAAGAGAGCUGCCUGGUCCCUCAACAGCCAAUGAUGCCCGGGAAAGCUUGCCCCAACAUCAUCACAAGGUCAACUUGGGAAGCCAGACAGACACACUGCCCUGCAAUGAACCUUCCAGCCAAAUACGUCAUCAUCAUUCACACCGCCGGGUCGACCUGCAACAUAUCCAUGGACUGCCAGAUCCGCGUCCGAGACAUACAAUCCUAUCACAUGGACACAAGGAACUUCUGUGACAUCGGAUAUCACUUCCUGGUGGGCCAGGAUGGCGGUGUGUAUGAAGGAGUCGGCUGGCACACCCAAGGCUCUCACACCUACGGAUACAACGAUAUCGGCCUAGGAGUUGCCUUCAUAGGCAACUUUGUAGAAAAGCCACCGAAUGCUGCAGCGCUGGAGGCAGCUCAGAACCUGAUCCAGUGCUCCGUGGUCAGGGGGUACCUGGAUCCCAACUACCUGCUGGUGGGGCACAGUGAUGUGGCCAACAUCCUGUCUCCUGGGCGGGCUUUGUACAACAUCAUUAAGACUUGGCCUCAUUUCAGACACUGAGGGAGCCCCUGCUUCUUCUGAGACCAC